UGGCUAGAAUCGCUAGCGAAUUGCCCCAAGCUGAAUCCGCUGUUCUGUUCGCUUCUCCAGCAUGUAAAGCAGCAAAAUUCAGAUGCGAUAUCGCGAGCCGCUGUCGGUAUCGCGAAAAAUUUCGCUGUGUCUGCCGUAAGCAAGCGGGAAAAGUGUUGACUGGGAAGCGCUUCAUCGCUGCUCGUUAGCAUUUGAUUUAUCGGUUCCAUCGACAGUGACUCUUGUUCCUUCCAUUGUUGAUACCAUGUAGUCGCCUUUUCACGCCGAACUGCGCAUUUCUCAUGGUUCUUACGUCCAUCGGCAUUUCCAAUAAGCUCCAACUCGUUCUCGCUUUGUUUACCAACAAAAUCGCUGACUCGCGAGGCGAGAACAAUGACGACGACCUCGACCGGGUGUAAGGCCGCGGCCCUGGCCGGGGGAGUGGGUGCCUAGCGAGAACGUGCGGAACACGGGAACGUGGGUCGGACUCAUAUGAGUACGUCGUGCUCCACAGCGUCUCCAACGUGCAAAAAGCUUCCUUGCUCUCGUCGCUGUCGACACUUUGUCCAAAGAUCAAUCACCUCGUCUUGGCCUGGGGGGCCUGUGGAGCAUUUCGCGCUGGCUCGUGGUCUGCUGUUUGUGCUUCGUUGAUUUGGACUUGUUCUGUGCCCGCGUGAUCUUCCCAGCCGCCUCUUAGGACUUAUCGUGUCCCCAAGUUCUGGUACUUGGGCUCUGGGGGUGGUUGAGGUGGUUGGCGCUGUAACCCAUUGGAGCAGGGACGUUUGCGAACUGGCUGAAGAGUUCGGAGCACUCUUGCCGUCCUCACUAAUCUUCGCAGAUUGCGAGGUAAGACUCGUGGAGUGGAGACGGGGUGGUCGGCGUAUUGACCAAGUGAAGAUAUCGUGCAGCACUGCUGCUGCUUUCGUUAUCAGGUGAAGUCGUGGCGGACGGUGCGCGGUCCAUUCUUAAUUCUGAUCUGCACGCGAAUCGCAAGCGAUGAGUGAGUAUGAGCUCGGGCCUGGACUGGAGCAGUUCCGAUAUUAAUAGCAAUUAAACGGUUGCCUAGUGAGUGAAAAGUUUUCUCAAUUGUCGCUAAUCGAAUCCCCCACAAGGUCGAGAAGAAUGGGGAGCUUUAUCGUGCUGGUGAAACAGAGCUGGCAUCGUCUGAUUCCAUUUGCGGCAUCCAUCGUGGUAUACUCCGUUCUGGUGCAGUUCACGAAAUCAGGACUAUGGUGGACUGCAGUGUGCAAAUGCGCCCCAAUUGUGUCGUUGCAGUUGUACGUCUUGUUUUUUGGCUUCCAGCAUAUCAAACUAAACACAUAUCCUCGUAAGAUACUCUUAGGGUUGUUUUUCUCCUGCAUUGGGGAUGCACUUCUCGAUUUUGAUUUAUUCGAAUUCGGAGUUGGAGGAUUUCUUCUCGCACAACUUUGCUAUAUUUGGGCCUUUGGAUGGCAGCCGUUCAUGUGGUGGAUCGGAGUCUUGCUAUAUGUUUGCGCGGCGGCACUGACUGGAGUUCUUCUCAAACAUCUGGACCAAAUUUCACUGUAUGGUCUUCCCAUCUAUGCACUAGCACUGUCGACGAUGUCAUGGAGGGCAUUAGCUCGAAUUAGAAAAAUAGACGAACGCUCACUAUUAUUAACUAGGAUUCUUUGCGGCAUUGGUAGUGUUCUAUUCGUUAUAUCAGACAGCAUAAUUGCGUUCAAUAAAUUUUAUGUGACCAUUCCAAAUUCAGGUUAUUAUAUUAUGAUAACGUACUAUAUAGCUCAGCUUGGUAUUACUCUAAGUACGCUGCCAUCACCCGGUCAAGAUGCUAAAAUGCUAAUUUGUGAUGCUCAACCACCAGAAAACACUGAGUCUGAUGGUCGAUUCGUAGCCAAAAGUUCUAGACUUACCGAUUAAACAUAGAAAGUAGAAAAUGAGUCUUAAGAAUUAACGAAAAAAAGUUAGGCCAAAUAAUAUUCUCAGUGUAAAGUACUUCCAGAACAGAAAACUGCAUUAUAAUAUAACGUGUUCAAAUAGAUGUUAAGAAUGAAUAAAGAAAAUUUUAGGAACGUUUUAAUUGA